AUGAUAUCGACGAUGAUGCAGAAAACCCUGGAAACCAAUGUCUCAUAUGUGGUGAAUUCGGAAGAGACAACGAAUUGUGGUUUCGUUGUACCUCUUGCGGGCUUUGGGCACAUUCAGAGUGCACUGGGUGGGAAACUGCCUGUGAUCCCAAUUAUAUACAUCUCCCCAACACUGGGGAAUUUACUGGAAUUGGUUCUGCUGGAGGCAAAGCAUUUGGUGGUGGGAAAAAUUGCCACGAUUGGUCCCAUCGCCAAAUGCUUCACGCUCUUUAGUUUCUGGGAUCGGUAA